ACAGUUGGUCCACAAGAGGAUGAAGAGGAUUCCGAACCAAACAUACGAAGUGAUAACGAAGAUGUAGACGACGAAGACGGGGAAGACAAGGAUGAGUCCAGGGAUGAGACAACUUUCCAUUCAAAUGGGACGCAAGGAAAUGGUGAGUCGAGUAAAACAAAUCGCCAAAAGAAACCUCGAAGAAGAAGGACUGCUUUCACACAGGUUCAAUUGAAUUAUUUGGAGCGAAAGUUUCGUUUACAGAAGUAUUUAAGUGUCUCAGACAGAGGACAAGUGGCGCUCACUCUGAAUCUCACGGAAACACAGAUCAAGACUUGGUAUCAAAACAGAAGAACCAAAUGGAAGCGACAAAACAAUCAACGUUUGGAUGAAUUGCGGUCUAAAGUGAUGGACGGAAGUCAAGAGUCAGACACCAGUCCACUGAUGUUCGCGCCGCCGAUGUGUCCGCCGCAGUCUCAGCCAACACUGAGCCCACACCCCAACCCCAACCCAUACCCCAACCCAUACAACUAUUUCAACUUCAAUCCAGUGCUGGCUUUGAGCGGAACGGACGCUUUGAUGCGAACCGUGUUUACGGUUCCCACACAUCGUUUGCAUCACAACUGA